AUGUCCACACUGACUCGAGUUCCAGUUUCCUUUUUGUUCAGUUUAGCCUGGGAAAACCCAUCAGGUGAUUGGAUGUUGUUGGAAAUGAAGGUUGAUUUUGCAGGUGUUUUGUCAGAGAACCCUUCACUAAGAAGUUAUCCCAGUCCUAUAUCUGAAGAGUAUUCAAUCAUAAAUAAACCAAAAGAUGGUGUACCUUUAAUUGUUAUAAGUGUUCAUCCAGAUCAAAAAUCAAUUGGAAAUGAUUUGAGGACUAGAUUACAAAAUAAGAAUGUUGAAGUUUGGUGCUCAACAGAUGAUUUAGACAAAGAUUAUGAUUCAUGCAGCUCAAUAAGUAGUUCACCAGUUACUCCUACAGCAUCUUUACAUUUUCUAGGAAGAAGUCACAGUCCUGUGUACAAUAGCAGUCAGUCUGAUAAUACUUCAGAAUUGGGAAGAAAAUCAAGUUUUCAGUUCUCAAAUAAUUUUGAAAAUGGAAUAAAUUUCUCACAAAUUACAAAUAGUCAAAAUUCUACAAUGCCUAUAUCAACAUUGAAUAAAUUAAAAGUAUUUAAAAAAAAAGCUGAUGAAGCAAGUUUGGUAAUAAUACUAUUAUCGCAAGCAUAUUGUUCUUCCAAGACAUCAAUCAAACAGGUAUAUUACUGUGAACAUAGAAAAUGGACAAUUGUUAUCAGAACAGAAGAAUUUAAUAUGCCAAAUUGGAUUACACACUUACUAGAUGUAAAGAUUAUUGAGUAUUUAAAAGAAGAAUCUUUGAAAAACAUUCAAAAUGAAGUUAAAAAAGCACUUGAAAGUAAUAUUUUAUUAAACUGCAAAUCUGAAGAUAAGAAAAUUCAACAAAUGGCUAAACAAUUACUUCUGAAAAUGAAUGGACAUAUUUCUGUAUAUAUAACUGGAAAUACAAAAUUUUAUAAUGCCAAGACUGAAAAUAUUUGUCAUGCUAUAGGUCAGGAACUAGCAACAUUAAAAUUUCUCACACUUGUUACUGGAGGCUUUUAUGGAGUGUGUGAAGCAGUAGGAAGAAGCUUUUGUGAAGAUAGAGAAGUCAUUGGUGAAAAACCUGGUCGUGUGUUUCACAUUUUGCCUAAACACGAUGAUAAGGUUAAAGAUUUAAUUUUUAUAGCUUUACUUAAUUUGUAAGCCAUCAGUAUUGACAAUUUAUCAUCAUUUCACUUAAUAAUUUUUAAAGCUGUUUCUUAUUUAUUUUAAAGUAAAUACAGUAAUACCUCGACUUACAUGAACCCGG